AUGUACAUUUCAUCCACCAGACCACACUCCAACGCACCACUGGCUCCAACCAUCUGGACUCUUGUAUAUCUCUGUAGUGGCUCUAGGACUGAAUGUUUUCAACAAAAGGUUCAUUGUUGUAAUGUGGAGGGUGUCGAGUUGACUCUCUUGAUCGAUACUAUCAUCUCCAUAAAAUCUAUAAAAAUCAUUAAAAAUACUAUUAGAACAGAGCAUACAUAA